AACCGGUUCCCAAUUCCUAAAACCUGGGAAUACAACAUGGUCCGGAGAUCAGUUCGGUUCUCGAAUGAUCCAACGGAACCGGUGAAUUUACAACUAACUUCCAGCCCUUGUCGUCGCCAAUUAGCAUCCGUGCUGCAAGUCCAUCCAAAGCCAACAACGAUGAUGAGCUAUUCCGUUCCUUGCAGCGCUGUGAUCUCCCCAACGACAUCGUCGUAAUUGCUCAAACCUUGCACUGACGCCUCCAACUCUACUCCUACAAGCCCAGCCGCGGCAACUUGAUUUUUUUAUAUGUGACGACGCAUAACCGAACUUCUAUCGAGCCACAUCCAGCAAAUUCGAGAGUCCCACAGGUGGGACCAAGCCAUCACCGAGAAGCUCGAUCAAACACCGAAAGCUCAUCGGCCACCAAAUCGAGUGCCACCACGUCGCUCCCACCGACUCCUCACCACCCUGCACCACCACGAUCAAGAGAAAAUGAAGGAGAAAAUCAGCUGAAAAGCAUGGCGAGCUCCGGUUCGGCGGGGUCGCCGGCACCGAAGAUCCUGCUGGCGAAACCCGGGCUCGUGUCGGGUGCCUCCGUCGCCCCUAAGUUCGGACGAGGCGGCCCCAGUGACGACGACGCCGCCUCCCUCCUCCGCCCCCGCCUCCCCCCCAUCGGAUCCCUCAAUCUCCUCUCCGACUCUUGGGAUUUCCACUUCGACCGCUUCCUCCCCUUUCUGAUGGAGAACACCGACUUCACGGUGAUUGGCGUGAUUGGCCCGGCUGGGGUGGGUAAGUCCACCAUCUUGAAUCAGCUCUACGGCUUCGAUCCCACUUCCCCAGGAAUGUUACCUCCUUUUGCCACGCAGUCGGAGGAUACUAGAGCUAUGGCCAAGCAUUGCUCCAAUGGCAUUGAGCCCAGAGUUUCUGCCGAUCGUCUUAUACUUCUCGAUACCCAGCCGGUAUUUAGCCCUUCUGUAUUGGCUGAGAUGAUAAGACCAGAUGGCUCCUCCACCUUUCCAGUUCUAGGCAAUGAAUCUGUGUCAGCAGAAUUGGCACAUGAAAUCAUGAGCAUUCAGCUUGGUGUUCUACUGUCGUCCAUUUGCCACAUCCUGCUGAUAGUAUCUGAGGGAGUACAUGAUAACAGCAUGUGGCGUCUAAUGUUGACGGUUGACCUCUUGAAGCAUGGCAUACCCGAUCCGUCUUCUCUGAUACCUACACAUUCGCAAACGACUAAUUUGGGGCUUGAGAAGGAAUAUAAGGAUAAACUUUUAGGACGUGAAGAAUACAUGGCUGCUCCAGUUUUUGUACACACAAAGCUCCAUGAUCAAGAGAUGAAUCCUCGUAGCGUUGUGUAUUUGAGGAAGGCCUUUGCACAAUGUUUCAGUGCCUCUUCUUUCAUGCGAGAGAAGCAUGACGAAGAAGCUAAACUCAUUGAUUAUGAUUCUGCCUGCACCGAGAGUAAUGUCCGGGGAUCAACAUUGCCCAAUCUAUCUUUGAUCCCAUCUAAGAACAGCGAUGACUCUUCAGAACCUCUGUAUGAGAGUUACAAUUCUGCAUUGUGGAAGCUUAGGGAUCAGGUUCUAUCUAUGAGCGGCCCGACUUUUACAAGGACUGUGUCUGAACGAGAUUGGUUGAGAAAUUCCGCAAAGAUAUGGGAAUUAGUGAAGAAUUCAUCAAUCAUUGCAGAGUAUGUGAAGACACUGCAAAACUCAGGCACUUUUAGGAGGUAGAAUCUACUGUUUAUCUGCUUUCGACAUUGAGAACUGCAGCAUUCUGUGGGGUAUUUUGCAGCUUGAGGGUAAUGUAGAGAUUUUAGGGAAUUGGAAUGAUAUUGGGAUUGCAUGGUCUAGUUUUCGAGUAUACAUAGAUGUAUUACCAA